AUGCCAUCUACUCCUGUCAGCACCACAGUCCCCAAUACUGACCAUGCACAUACCCGACUUCAUCCUCAUCUAUAUCGCACAGCAGCCGAUCCCCGACCCGUAGUUCUAAUGACCUGCGGCAUUGCAGGUUCCGGAAAGUCGUCACUAGCCCACUCCAUCGUCUCUGCAUACCCAUCCUUCCACCGUCUGUCCAUCGACUUCUACGUAUAUUCUCAUCACGGCCUCUGGGACGUCGACUACCCCAAAGAACGAUACGAAGAAUACCAGCUCGAAGCCGAAGAAGCCUACGGGGCGAACUGA